UUUACUUCCGAUUUCCGCAUGAUGUGUCAAUAAAACAAAUAACUUCAAUUCAGGCGAUGUGAAUGGGAUAUUGCUUGGAUAUCAUUCCCUACAGUCUGGCUCAAAUUUAAUCCAACAAAAUGGAUAAUUCUGGAAAAGAAAAGGAAGCUAUGGCCAUCAUGGCUGAGGCAGACAAGAAAAUGAAAACGUCGCAUUCGUUGUUCGGAUCGUUUUUUGGGAGCUCCUCCAAGGUCGAGGAGGCCUGUGACUUGUACGUGAGAGCUGCCAACAUGUUCAAGAUGGCCAAGAAUUGGAGUGCUGCAGGAGAUGCUUUCUGCAAAGCUGCACAACUGCAUUUACAGGUGCAAAGCAAGCACAACGCAGCCGUAAACUUUCUUGAUGCUGGCAAUGCGUUCAAAAAGGCUGAUCCUCAAGAGGCGAUAAGCUGUUUCUGUCAGGCCAUUGACAUCUACACAGACAUGGGACGUUUCAACAUUGCCGCGAAACACCACAUAUCUAUUGCUGAAAUCUAUGAAUCUGAGUUACUGGACAUAGAUAAAGCCGUUACUCAUUAUGAACAGGCAGCAGAUUAUUUCAAAGGGGAGGAGUCUACCAGUGCAGCUAACAAGUGUCUUCUCAAAGUGGCAACCUAUGCGGCUCAGAUGGAGCAGUACCAGAAAGCCAUUGAAAUAUUUGAGCAGAUUGGGACUUACUCUAUGGACACUACCUUGUUGAGGUAUGGUGCUAAGGACCAUUUCUUCAAAGCAGCACUGUGUCACUUCUGUGUGGAUAUGCUCAACUGCAAGCUGGCUGUACAGAAGUAUGAAGAGAUGUAUCCAGCCUUCUCAGAUGCUAGAGAGUGCAAACUUCUUAAGAAACUUCUUAAUGCACAUGAAGAGCAGAAUAUUGAUGCAUACGCUGAUGCAGUAAGGGAAUUUGACUCCAUCACCAGGCUUGAUCAGUGGCAGACCACCAUGUUACUAAGAAUCAAGAAGACCAUUCAGGAUGAAGAGAAUGACCUUCGCUAAUGUCGCUAAGUCAUGAUUCCAAGCUCAUUCCUCUCAACUAACAGUGAUUCCUUUCUUACCAUGUUGAUUAUUUAUUCA